AUGCAGGCCAAAAAACGUUACCUGAUCCUGCUGUCGGCCGGUGCGUGCCUGGCUCUGCUCUUCUACCUGGGCUUCGAGCUGCCUCCCCCGGCCGCGCGUAAAGGCAGGCAUGAGCGCAGGAAGGGGGAGCGGCAGCCGUGGCCACACUUCUCCGACCCGUUACCGCCGAUCCAGCCGUGGGACCAGAGCGACACCGAGGACUACAACGUGCACAUUUCCCCGCGGCAGAAGCGAGACGUCAGCGCCAGUGUUUACAAGGGGAAACGGUGUCGCAUGGACUCCUGCUUUGACCACUCGCUCUGCCAAAAGAAUGGAUUUAAAGUUUACGUGUACCCGCAGCAGAAGGGGGAGAAGAUUUCCGAGAGUUACCAGAAUAUUUUAGCCGCGAUUGAAGGCUCCAGGUUUUACACUUCUGACCCAGGACUGGCCUGUUUGUUUGUUUUGAGCCUGGACACACUGGACAGGGAUCAGCUGUCUCCUCAGUACGUGCAUAACCUCAAAACUAAAGUCCAAAGCUUGCCUCAAUGGAACGACGGGAGAAAUCACCUCAUAUUUAACUUAUAUUCUGGGACGUGGCCUGACUACACGGAAGACUUGGGCUUUGACAUUGGGCAAGCCAUGUUGGCCAAAGCCAGCAUCAGCACGGAGAACUUCAGACCCAACUUCGACGUCUCCAUCCCACUGUUCUCCAAAGACCACCCGAGGACUGGGGGCGAGCGGGGGUUCCUCAAAUACAACUCCAUCCCCCCCUUCAGAAAGUACAUGCUGGUUUUCAAAGGGAAACGUUACCUGACCGGCAUCGGCUCGGACACCAGGAAUGCCUUAUACCAUGUGCACAACGCGGAGGACGUGGUGCUGCUGACCACGUGUAAGCACGGCAAGGACUGGCAGAAGCACAAGGACGCGCGCUGCGACAGGGACAACGCCGAGUAUGACAGGUGA